ACGACAACUGCUGCUGUGCUACGACAAGGAUGAUCAGAGGGAGGACGACACUGCAGCUCAGAGGUUAGGUCAUCUCACCUGUUCACCUGUGCACUACGACAUCAUCAUGGUGGGCGUGGCUGUGUGCAGCUCCAUCAGCUCCGUUAAAGCUUUGUGGGAGAGCAGGAUCAAGAGGAGGAAAGAGGAGCAGGAGGAGGAGGAAGAGCAGAGGAGGAGGAGGGCAGUCAGAGGCGGGGCUACUGGGGUCUGGGAGGACCGGGCAUCUCUGGCUCGACUCCAACAGAAGCUGCAGACAGAAGACGGACGGCUGGUUCUCCGGAUCGAACAGGAGGAGUGGAAGUCUUUGCCAGGCUGUCUGGUCCAGCUCACUCAGGUCCAGGAGUGGCAGAUCCACCGGACCGGACUGCUCAAGAUCCCUCACUUCAUCUCCAGCUUCCAAAACCUUCUGGUUCUCGAUCUGUCCCGCAACGGGGUCACCGAAAUCCCCCGAGAGAUCGGGAAGUUGACCCGGCUCAGAGAGCUGCUGCUGAGCUACAACAGAGUCCAGUUUGUUCCUGAAGAGCUGAGCUGCUGUGAGAGUCUGGAGAGGCUGGAGAUCGCCAUGAACCGGCACCUGGACCACCUGCCAGACCAGUUCAGAAAGCUGAAGAAGCUGCAGCACCUGGAUCUGUCCAUGAACGACUUCACCUGCCUGCCGGACUGCGUGGUCGGACUGCCGGAGCUCGAGUGGCUCGACAUGGGAGGGAACCGACUGCAGCACUUACCUGAGGACAUACACAGGAUGGAGAAGCUGCACACUCUGUGGCUGCAGAGGAAUGAGCUCGAGAGGCUCCCAGAUAACAUCAGCAGGAUGGACAGUCUGGACACCCUGGUCCUCAGCUGCAACAAACUGAGAGACAUCCCCUCUUUGAUGGAGGACAUGUCCAAGCUCAGGUUUGUGAAUUUCCGGGACAACCCUCUGACUCUGGACGUGGCUCUGCCGUGCAGGAAGACGAAGGGCGAGGAAGAUGAGGAAGAUGAUGACAGAGAGAUGUUUGGACGAGAGUUCAUGCAGAUGUACAUCCAGGAGGCGAGGAAGAGAGCAUACGCUGUGCUCAACAUGCACUGUGUCAACCGUUAG